AAGACCAUUUAAAUUUUGAAAAAAAAAAUAAAAAACUUUAUUUUGUAUUUAAUAAGUUUUAUGAUUUCGAUUUCUAAGAGAAAUAUCUAAAAAUAUUUAAACAAAAUUGAAAUUAAUUUGAAAUUCCUAGAUAUCUUAACCUCAAACAUUUGAAGUCCUAAAAUUGUUGUCUAACUUAUCUUUUGGAAAUUAAAAUUGUAAAAAAUGUCUACAAGAUGGUAUCCUUUGUAUCAACGCGGUAAUCCACAACUUCGAGUUUUUCUUCCAAAUUUUUGGAUGAAAUUGAUCAGACCCACACAUGAACAGCCACCAAAUGUUGUUCAAUUUGCUUGCUCAAUGGAGAUGACCAAAUUCGAUGUAAAAAAUUAUUUAGAAAAAAUUUAUAAUAUAGAAAAUAUUGUUGAUGUUCGUACAAGAAUUGCACUAGGAAAAACUAAACGAGAUCCAAGAGCUGGAUAUGUUACGAAAGAUGAAGAUACAAAAAUUGCUUAUGUAGUUUUGCCAAAAACGGAAAUUUUCAAGUUUCCAGACCUUUUCCCCAAUGAAUCUGAAGAUGAAGAAAGGAGGAAAGAAGAAAUGAAAUCUUUAGAAGUUACUAAAGAAAAUCAUAGGAAAUUUUUAGAAAAGAGUAAAAAUCGAAAAGGUAUUCCGAGCUGGUUUUCUAUUUAGUUCAAAUUUAGUACAUAUAGCUUAGUAUUUUUACUGUAACUGUUAUUAAAUAAAUAAAUAAAUAAGUUCGUUUAAAUUUA